CGUAUCGCGUUUAUUCUCACGUCUUUUACCCACCACUGGGUGAACUGCAGCGGCGAGAAGUGAGAAUUGUCAAGCAGCUGUCGAAAAUCUAAAUCUUCGGUAGCCGUAGACUAUAUACCUAUAUAUAAUACCUAUCAAUGGCGUCAGUCAUCAACAUGUCGACGAAUUUCUACGUUCUAGUCUAAUAUUCGUUGAUUCUACAUAUACCUACUUGGACGAAGCGGAACUGCAGACUUUCUUCCGCCGUAAAGUGGCCACGAUACUAUUUCGAACCGUGAAUUUGAGUAACAAUAACUGAUACAUAAAAGUUGAAGGUUAUCCGAAUCUAUUAUUUAACCUAGAAAAAAUCUGUGUACUUUGUUUACUUCUGAAAAGCAUCAGUUUAGCAAAUACAAUAGCUCGAGUGUACUGUAUCGUGAAAUAAUUCAGACCCGUUUACUAGCUGCUUCAACAUGGAUUACUUUGUGGCAAACAGUUCUUUAGCUCCAGCGCCAAUGGGCAUUCAAAGUACUGCUGGUGCUGUACCAAUAAAAAAUGACAAAGGAGAAGUUAGCAUGAAAAAAGUGAAGGUUCACCGAUAUGUAUCCGGCAAACGGCCAGAGUAUGCUCCAGAUGCAAGUACCGAUGGAGAAUCCGAAGAGGAUGACUUUUUGGACAAAAGACCGUAUCAAGAAGAGGAUGUUUCAGAAAUUCGGGAAGAUGAGGAACAGAUAAAAACAAGAGAGAUAGAUGACCCACGAUUACGACGUCUAACGCGUGUAGAUCGAUUAAGAGAAAAUGAUGAUGAUAUCAGAGUAGAAAGACGAAGGCAUAUUCAAGAGCCAGAAGUUUUAGUUGCUGACAUUAAUGAAAAAUCAAGAGAGCGCAUUAAGCUUGAUAGUUCAGAAUCAUCAGAAGAUGAGGAACUAUCUGAUGAAGAAAUCGAAAGAAGGAGAGAAGCUUUGAAACAAAGAGUGUUGUCAAAAAAAGAAGCUGAGGAAGAAUUGGUUAAGGAGGAGGAUGAAGAAGAGAAAUCUGGAGAUAGUUCUGAAUCUAGUUCAGAAUACGAGGAGUACACAGAUUCUGAAGAAGAAACUGGACCUCGGUUAAAGCCAGUUUUUGUCCGUAAAAGGGAUCGAAUAACUGUGAUGGAAAAGGAAAAAGAAGCACAAAAACAAAAACAAGCUGAAAUGGAGGCCAAGAAAUUGGUAGAAGAACGUAAAAAACAAACUCUACGAAUGGUAGAAGAGUCCAUCAGAAAAGAAAGCCAAGUUAGAAGUAGUCAGUACGAAACAGAAGGCAACAUUAAUGAUGUAGUUACUGAUGAUGAAAAUGACGAGUUGGUAUAUGAAUCAUGGAAAUUACGGGAAUUAAAACGUAACAAACGAGAUCGUGAAGAACGGGAAGCGGUCGAAAGAGAAAGAUUAGAGAUUGAAAGGCUACGCAACAUGACGGAAGAAGAACGCCGGCAAGAAGCUCGACUCAAUCCUAAAGUUGUCACUAACAAAGCAGCUAAAGGAAAGUAUAAGUUCUUGCAAAAGUAUUAUCACCGCGGUGCCUUUUAUUUGGACAAAGACGAUACAAUUUAUAAGAGAGACUUCUCAGGAGCGACUCUUGAAGAUCACUUUGACAAAACUGUUUUGCCUAAAGUAAUGCAAGUGAAAAACUUUGGUCGAAGCGGUAGGACCAAAUACACACAUUUGGUUGACCAGGAUACAACGCAAUUUGACUCGCCUUGGAUAUCCGAAACUGCCCAAAAUUUAAAGUUCCACAAUAAUCAAGCAGCUGGCGUGAAGCAAGUUUUUGAUCGUCCGUCGCUGAAGAAAAGGAAGGGAGACGAUUAAAAAGUUUAAUAUGCUGUGAAGGGGAAGAAAACAGAAGCGUUAGUUGUAAAUAAAAUUUUAAUUCUUAAUGAUAAUAAAUAUAGCAGUAACGUUUUAUAAAACAUCACGAUUUAUAAAUGUUUGCUUAAUUAUUUUAGAAAACUAAAUUUCAUAGAACCAAUUGUUCAUUCAGUUCACGGUACACAAAAUAUUGCGUUUUGUGUUCAUAAUAGUAACGGAAGACAAGAACAUAUUAUGUAUUAGAGAAAAAAAACUAAAUGGUUUUUCUAAAUUUACACUGCAAAGCAUUUUUUCUCUCUUGUAUAUAAAAGUCUAUUAUUUAUGAACAUGAAUAGUAACAUAGUUAUAGAUAAGGCAUAUUCUGAGUACAAUUUUUUUUAAGUGUGUUUUUCAAUUGACAAUGUUUAUAACAAUUAAAUUAUCUUUAAUAAUACAUUCCAAUAAUAUAA